CUGCGCACUUGGCUACUCUUUUCCCGCCUGGCCCUCGGCGUUCUCUACUUUAAGGGUGUUGAUCUUCUCCUCAACACCGUGCUUGGGAUCGUCUACCUUUUUGAGGCUGUCGUCCAGAGAUGGAGAGAACUCCAACACAGAAAAGCUCUUGCUUCCCGGGACGAACAAAAUCGGUUGCCAGGCUCCGACGAGUCAAGCCAAUCGCCCCAGUGAUGCUUACCGACUCGUCCAUAUCCAGCUUCUGCUCGAUGUCUCAGAGCGCUUCAACUUCUGCUCAUGCCCAGCAGGUCUCUCACCCUUUUACCAGCGGAAUCAAUUACAGCAAUGACGAGAACCUGGCCUUCAAUCCCAAGCAAACAGAUGGUAGCACCACGCACGCGAAUUGCCGAAUUCCAAAAUCACGGACCGUCACCACAUUUUCGAGCACCACCAUGUCUCGCUCCCGGGGCUCUCGACUCAGCCAAGGGUACACCAGCAGCCGCAACAUCAGCGGUGAAUCUGUCAAUUCGGACAUUGCCGCGCCCUUUCAAAGAAGUAUCCGCACAUCCUUUUUGGGGGUUGCCCAGAAACCAUCAACUUCGACUCCUGAUCAGCCUAGGAACGACCAAGAUCCUGGGGCGAUCCCGCGGCCGCUUCAGCCGUGGUCAACCCCUGAACCCAGUGACCCUCGUUUUGUCACAAAGGCCAUGCCAGCUCCAUACUGGACCGGACGAUAUACAUCGAUACACGACAUGUUCUGCAACGAGCUACUAGCGCCGGACGCCCUCGGUUCCCUCAUAGAAGCGCACGUAGACGGUGGCAGCAUGCAUGAUCCCCACGUCUCUGCCUUCAUGCGAGUUGUCCGAAAGCCCAUCCUCAACAACCACAAAACUCCCACGACGACCCGCACCAGCCGUAUCCCUCAAUCCGCUACGAGCGGCGCCAUCCUGCAGAGGUCAGCAGCACAACUUGGACAUGGCGAAGCGCCAUCCUCAUCCUCCAGAGUCCACGCCGUCAGCAGCAAUACUAGCCGCAGUAACAAGCCGGCUGGACGAGAAAGCAACAUCCAAUUCAAAAAAAACUCCGCCGCCACUGUCAGCCGCGCAGACGAUGUCGCCCUCUGCCACCGCACCCUGGCCCACCUCGGGAAGCAGUGCAUAACGGACGAGGCGCGCGAGUCCUUCCGCGCCUGGCGGGUGCUGUACGCGCGCAUGAGGCGUGACGUUACACUGCUCCCUGCCGAAACUAACAUAUUUGAUUUGGUGGUAACCGGUCAAGACAAUAUUCUGCUGCGGGUGGAGGCACUUGUGCCGGAAGAGAUUGGGGCCGCAUGGGGAGAUAAGGGGCGAGGCAUCAUGGGUAGAUUGAAGAGGAAUUUCAGUGGUGCUUCCUUUUCGGCGGAGUGAUGCUUCUUGUUUGGGCAAAGGGGUCGGGCGGGAGACUUCGAGGGGAUGCGUUCAGCAUGGGGGUUCUUAAAUGGACGAAUGGGAUGACAUACGUCGGCCGAGGGUGAGGGCAUGGUUGGGACUGGAACUGUUCCUCUGAUUGUUUCUAUCUUCCUCGGUGUGGUUUCUUCUGACAGCUGGGUUGGGGCCGCGCUGGUGUUUAUGGAUCUCUGUCGUUUGGCAUGCUUAGAGUUAGGGAUGAUCAACGGCUCGGGGUUAUGGCGCAACAUUGUCCGGUUACAUGGGGAUGCAAUCAGCUCUUACAACCAUGACGAUACCCCUAAAUAUUGUUA